AUGUCCUACUACGUCGCCCCAAGCCAGCAGCGCACUCUUCGCGCCUGCAUGGUUUGUUCCCUCGUUCAGCUUCACAACAAAUUUAUGCGUGAAGGAUGUCCUAACUGCGACAACGUGCUCGGCCUGCGCGGCAACAACGACGCCAUCCAAGAAUGCACCUCUCAGGUCUUCGAGGGCCUCGUUACACUGCGUGAUCCGACCACGAGCUGGGUCGCCAGGUGGCAGCGACUGGACGCCUACGUGCCGGGAACGUAUGCGGUCAAAGUGACGGGUUCGCUCCCCGACGAAAUCAUCGCCAGUCUCGAAGACUCCGGUGUCAAAUACAUUCCUCGGGACGGAAGCACAGGCGAGGAGGAGACUUGA